AUGCCAUUAGUUGUCCAAGAACAAGGUUCAUUCCAACACAUUUUACGUUUGUUAAAUACCAACAUUGAUGGUAGAAUCAAGAUUAUGUACGCCUUGACCAAAAUCAGAGGUGUCGGUAGAAGAUACGCCAACUUGGUCUGUAAGAAGGCUGAUGUUGAUUUAAACAAGCGUGCCGGUGAAUUAACCCAAGAAGAAUUAGAAAGAGUUGUCACCAUCAUGCAAAACCCAACCAACUAUAAGAUCCCAGCUUGGUUCUUAAACAGACAAAAGGACCACGUUGACGGUAAGGACUACCACGUCUUGGCUAACAACUUAGAAUCCAAAUUGAGAGAUGAUUUAGAAAGAUUAAAGAAAAUCAGAGCUCACAGAGGUAUCAGACACUACUGGGGUCUUAAGGUCAGAGGUCAACAUACCAAGACCACCUCCCGUGAUUACACCUUAAGUAUAAUGGGAGGAUCUUUCGAAGUCAUUCACUCACUUAAAGCUAUCUAUGUUCUUGAUUGGUGGGACAGUAUGAAUACAAGAUUCGACGAAGAAGAAGAAAAGAAGCGACUAGAGGAAGCCUUCCCCAAAUAUUCUUGGACAUUAGAAAACGUCCAAGACAGUACUCACGACGAAUUUACACUAUGA